UUAUGAUAAUGUAAAUAUACUUGACAUAGUGAAAUAUGCACCUGUUUAGUACAAGGUACAGUACACACUAAAAUAGUUAUACACUGUUUGAAACAUACAGAUCCUGGACAGCAAUCGGAAGGAUGGAUAUAUUUGGAGAGUACUGGUUGUCAUGGGAACUGAUCAUUCUUCUGUUUACUCUAGGAGCAAUAUUUUUGUAUCGACAUUUUACGAUACUGAAACGUUUAGGUAUCCCAGGACCAACGCCACUGCCUUUCUUUGGAAAUCUGCUGGAACAAAUCUUCAAAGGUAUAAACAAGACAGAUGAAGAAUGGCUGCAGAAAUAUGGUAAAGUUUGUGGUUUCUACAGUGGCUACCAACCAAGCAUUGUGAUAACAGACCCAGAAAUAUUGAAGGUUGUACUUAUCAAAGACUUCCAGAACUUCAUGGAUAGAUCUCAAAUUAGUAACCACCCAAAGUUACUGUUGAAUACACUUUUCUUCAUGAGGGGACGAACCUGGAAGAGAACCAGAAAUAUCAUAACACCUACCUUCAGUGCAGGAAAACUGAAAAAUCUAAUCCCAAUCAUCAACGGAUGUGCAGAAACAUUGGUUAGUAAUCUGAAUGAAAAAGUCGGACAAGAUGUAGCUAUCAGAAAAUACUUCAUUCGCUUUACAAUGGAUACUAUCGCCUCCACAGCCUUUGGUAUUGACAUUGACUCACAAAAACAACCAGAUGAUCCAUUUGUGAAGAAUCUUGACAAAAUCUUCAAGUUAAAAACGUGGACAAAGAUGCUUUUCAUUGUUAUUGCUGCUGUGCCAUGUUUAGGAAAGCUGAUGCUCAAGUUAGGGUUCUCCGUCUGGCCUACAGAUAGUGUGAGGUUCUAUGAGGAAAUUGGUCAGGCUCUUAUAAAUGAAAAGAGAAACAAUGAAAUGAGCAGGGUAGACUUUCUACAAAUGCUGAUGAAUGCAGAGUUUCAUGAAUCAAAAGAGGAAUACAUUCAUAAUGAAUCUACAUUUUCCAGUGGAGUUUCCAGUAGUCACAAAACACUUAAAGUAGAAAGAUUGAAUGACGAUGAGAUAAAUGGUCAGGCAUUUUCUUUCUUCCUGGGGGGAUUUGAAACCACUGCUAGUCUGCUGCGGUACUCGGCGUAUGCACUAGCUUUACAUCCAGAUGUUGAUGCAAAACUUUACGAAGAAGUGCAAAAGCAUGUAGGACAGGACGUUCCAGAUUAUGAGAAUAUUGGUAAAUUGAAGUACAUGGAUCAGUUCAUCAAUGAAGUGCUCAGAUUUUAUCCUCCACUAAACAGACUAAACAGGGUAGCGAAUGAAGACAUUACUGUUGGAGCAAUUACGAUACCAAAGGGUACUGUAAUACAUGUACCAGUCUGGACUAUACACCACAGUGAGGAAAAUUACCCCGACCCAGAAACUUUCGAUCCUGAAAGGUUUUCUCAGAGCAAGAAAGGAGCCACUGAUGGGGUAGCAUUUUUACCAUUUGGAACAGGGCCAAGAAAUUGUAUUGGUAUGAGACUAGCCCUUGUCGAAGCCAAGAUUGCUCUCGUGUAUUCGUUAAGGAAGAUAAGAUUUGUGAAGUGUGACAAAACACAGGUACCAUUAGACUUAGAUCAUUUUACGAUAUUGAGGCCAAAGACUCCUAUACAGCUUCGCAUUGAAACUCGGUAAUAACAGAAAUGUUGUCCAUUUGGAAGCAGGGAAGGUGUAAAUAUAGGUGUGAAUUGGAGGUGGAGAAGAGGUCUUCCAACCAGACAAUAUAAACUCAUGAAAUCAUUUAUUAUAUUAGUCUAUGAAAUUAACUUACAUAUAAAAGUUCCAUUACUUUCGCCUUAAAAAUUCGAUAUCCAGGAAUACAUUAAUUUAUAACCAUUUUGGUGAAAACAACAUUUUACGACAAGGAAAAUGCUUUUAAAGUCGUAAGCCGGAUAAGUAUUAAUAUUGUUGCAGUUCCGCGGAUAAAUUUAGAGAUGACAAAAAUGGAACUUUAGCAAGAUGUAAUCCGUUAUGUUUGAUUUUAUGCAGAAAAGAUGCCUCCGUGACAUACCUUUGCUUGUAUUAUUAUUUCCCCCUGUUACUGCCUUUAUUACUCAUAGAUAAGCCAUGUGUCAUACCCCAUAUUUAUACAAAUUCUUUAUAAAAGUUUUUGUUUGACAUUUGUUUGUUUUGAAAUAGUAUAUAGCUCUACUUCAGUCAAAUUGUUAAAAUGCCAAAUAUAUUUAGCUCAUUUUUUGUUUUCUUUGUAUUUUUUUAAAUUCUUUGAUAUGGCAGAUUUUCUUUUCAAACUUUGUUUACUAAAAUCAUAUACAGACGCUAAAACAUAGAAAGAAAGAACUGAGAAAGCUUUCAAUCACCCCUGAUGUCAGAAUAUGAUUAUACCUUUAUGUCAGACAAUUCUUAAUUUUAAGUUAUCACCUUUUGAUGUACACCAGAGCCAAACACCUCUACUGUAUCUCAAAGUCAGAAACAAAGAAAAAACAUUCUUAGGGAUUCUUAAAACGAAAAUGUAUUGAAAGUUUUACUGCAGAUGGGUGGAUUAAUUGAUAACAUCAAUAUUUCCGUGAAAUUCAUAAGAUGCUUCUUUAACUUCUUUAUUAUGUAUGCAUGCCUAUGAAUGAAGAAAUGAUACUAUUUUUUCUUUUAACAUACAUUUGCAAUAUUUUCUUGAAUUAAAAUUUAAAGUAAGCUUCACGCUCUUAAACAUCACCUGAUUUUCAGGGUUUAGCUUGGAUUUCUUUUGAGGAUUUUUUCCUGAUUUGCGUAAGUAACUGCAUAUUAUAAAAUCAUCAUUAAAACUUUACCAUGGAAUUAAUUUGAUGUUCUGACAUUAAUUUUAGUAAUAUAGCCGGCCUAAUAGAAAUUUUAUUCCAAACAUGAUAGAGUGGUAUCCGUAAAUGCUAGUUUCAUUUAGAUAGAACUCCCAGGGAUGACUAGUAUCCACAAUAUGAGCCGUAGAAUACCACCAAGAUAUUGUAAAAUGUAGCAAUAUCGUCUACCUGAGGAAAGCUCAGUGUGAACUCUCUUACAUGCUUCGACAAGUGUUGCACAAUUUGUUCCCAUGGAAAUGGAAAUGUAGCAAUGUCUCUGGCAAAUGUUUAAAAAUAGGAUCGUUUGUCAUUUAUUUAAGAAAACCAAUGUUUUAACGUUAUUAAUACACGAAAAGGUAAUACGUCCGCGGAAUAAUUUCACGAGGGCGUAUGAAUAUGCCCUUUACCUAAACUAGUAGAAAAAUAUAGUAGCGCUCUUUCUUGGUCGCAACAAAAACAUUGACGUCAUCGCACGUUAACGUGACGUCAUUUAAGCGUAAGGGUGUUUUAUGCCAAUAGUAGAAAAAACAUAACUACUGACAUAAGGAACCGUUUCUUAUGUCAGUAGUUAUGGUUUUUCUACUAUUGGCAUUUGUAAUUACUAAUUUUAAACUUAUCUAGGAUUUCAUCAGAAUUUUCAACUGAUCAAAUGCAUUUACCACUGAUAUAUUUCUUACAUUUUCCACAUGGGUUUUAAAGCAGUAAGUCACCAUAUUAAUAACUAAGAAGAAAUAUUUGUUGUUGUAAUAGAGCUUGGAUUUACGGAAUCCUGUUGGGGCCAUUUAUAAUGUCGCCGUCGCGUUUGCGGGGUCGACACACGACAACGCGAAGUGACAUAGCGACAUUACGAAGUGACACCCGACAAUCGCAAAUGACGGCGACAAUCCUAAACGACAAUGUCGCGGUAUCCACUUUGAAAUGUCGCCUUUCAAAAGCACGAUAUAUCGCGAUGUCACUUCGCGUUGUCGAGCGUCGUUUCGCAUUGUCGCUAUGUCACUUCGUAUUGUCGCGAUGUCACUUCGCGUUGUCGUGUGUCGAUCCUGCAAACGCGAUGGCGACAUUUUCAAACGACAUGCGAUAAUCACAAACGACGCUCGACACAACGCGAAGUGACAUUUUCCA